CUUUUCACUCCGCCCGGAAUGAUGGUGGGAGGGCGCAUGAAGGGAAGCGUUUGACGCCAGAAGGCGAGCUGGGAUGCGCUUUUUGGACAGGAAAGCCGAAGGAGAGGACCUAUCGUGACGUGUUUUUUGAUGUUUAUAUCCCUCUACAAAGAGUUUCACUGUGUCUGUGAGUCAGUCCGUGGAAGAAUUUUGAGUGGAGUGGCUUUACUGACUCCUUGCCCCCCCAUCAGCGCGCGCUCAGCUGACCCGCCGUCCAAAUGUGCGUAAAAGGACUCUAUGUUUUCGCUGUCCUGUUCGGACUCGCAGCUUCAGGAGUGCUGCAGGUCAACGGGAUACGUAUCUACACAUCUGAGGAAGUUGACGCGGUCAACGGUACAGAUACUCGCCUGAAGUGUACAUUUGAGAGUUCGGCUAAGAUCAACCCCGAUCAUGUCACUAUCUCCUGGACCUUCAGACCUCUUUCUGGAGGCGCUGGGACAUUGAUAUUUUACUACCUUACACGACCUUAUCCUAUUGAUCACGGUAUCUUCAAGAAGCGCAUCUCUUGGGCUGGUGAUAUCAUGGGGGGUGAUGCCUCCAUCAUAAUCCGACAGGUCAAGUUUGCCUAUAAUGGCACCUACACCUGCCAGGUGACCAAUCCUCCUGAUGUCCACGGUCACUUUGGCGAAAUUAAAUUCCGUGUUGUCACAACAGCUUCUUUCAACGAACUUCUUAAACUAGCCAUGUUCAUCGGAGCUGGUAUCGCCGCGGUGGUCUUUUUGCUCAUAAUCAUCAUGUCCUGCAGAAGAUGUAAGAGGAAAUACAAACAGAGACAGCUGGAGGGCGACGAAGAGGCUCCCCGCAAAGAGAGGAAGGACCCCACAGCGUGCCACCCAUCAAGGGCUGUCCACCUGUACCUAUCAGAGACAUCCAUAGAGAUUGACAGUUCAGAUGGCAUGAUCUCAGACCCCAGCACCGGAGACCCAAGCUCUUCAGACGACGGUGAUGAUGAUGAUGAUGAUGACGAUGAUGAUGGUGAUGAUUCUGACUGAGAAGGACGUAACAGAGACAGAAGGGCUGAUGAGAUGUCAGCAGGAAGCUUGCUGGAGGGACGCUCUAAGGGCGGCCAUGGAUUCCACUCUUCUGCCAAGCCUUGUAGAAAUAAGGGCUGCUGCAGUGAGAGGGUGAAGAUGAUGAAAAUGUGAGAAAAAACAGAGAAUAUGAGCUUUAAAAAAAAAACAUGUCAAGAAAAAUCCCUAUGUUGAGACCUCUGAUGAAGUUCAAAGCUGAAAGCAGUUUUAAAGCAGAGCGGAUCCAUAAAUGUUCAUUUUAAGAAAUGAAACGAAGGAUCCAGUCUGAGCAAAAGACCAAAGCGUAUGUGCCAAAUGGGAUUGUAGACCAACAUGGAGAAUAUGUUCAGUUUUUGUUCCUACCUACUGCUGGUUAACCCAUGAAUCAUUUUAGCAAAAUCUGCAAAAGCAAAACGUUGCUGUCAUACUGAGCCAUACAAAGUGCUUUUUAUUUUGGGAGGGCACCCAAGACUGAUGUGGCCUGUUUUCUGAAUGGAAACAUCCGCAUUUCUGGUAGCGCACCCAUAUUUAAACAGGCUGCAGUUACAGCAAAGCUUUUUAAAGUGUGUUAUUACUUUGUGAAGAUGAGUCAAAGUUGCCCAUUGUCAGUAUCAACUUGAAAAUAAAGCACAUAGAUUUCAGAACCUAAAUAAAAGGAAAUGAAAGGAAAAAGUGUUUUUUGAAACAUGUUGACACAUAUCUGCACUGCGACGAGGCUGUGAAAGUGUGAGAGAGAGAAAGACUUCCAAUAAAGCCUAUAUCCUUUGGAGCUUUUAACCUCUGCCGUGAAACAAGCACAGUUCAGAAAUGAUGCCUUUUGGGAACCUAAAAGGUAAAGUAAGGAUCUCCAUAUUUUUGGGAGGUGGACACAAAGGCUGCUGUGUUACUCAUGCUAGCCAUGCUAACCUUGCCUAUUGAAGAUUAUCAGUGAGGUCAUAGUCAUUCCAAAAACAGAAAAUUAAAAACAAUCCACUGGACUUUAUUUCCAAGUUUGAAGAUGUUUCGCUUCCCAUCUAAGAAGUUUUUUCAAUUUAAAAUGUCAGGAAUAGCGUUGCAUUACAGAUUUUAUACCGUAGCCCAACAAAGCCUUGUUUUUGUUUUGAAAACAUGCAAAUUGAAACGGACGAAGUUGUCCAACUCCCUGCAGCCCCAGCCCCUGUACAGGAGAGCGGAGGACCUCACCUAUUCAGCCAGGCCAACAAUUCCCCUUUAACGACCGACCUUUCAGACACU